AUUAAGGCCGCCACACGAAAAUCCUUUCCCAUAAAUAGAUACCUGAAACUCGGACAAACAAAUCAAAUCUUAAUUAGAAAGAUGAGUUCAUCAUCGAAGCAAGCUGCAGGGGCGGCGCCAAGAAAGAGCAAAGGCCGGCAGAAAGUGAAGAUGGCGAAGAUGGAGAACCACAGCAAUCUACAAGUGACCUUCUCCAAGCGCCGCGCCGGCCUCUUCAAGAAGGCCAGCGAGCUCUGCACCCUCUGCGGCGCCGAGGCCGCCAUCGUCGUCUUCUCCCCGGCCAACAAGGUCUACUGCUUCGGCCACCCCAACGUCAACACCCUCGUCGACAGGCUGGCCGCCGGAAUGGAGCCUCCGCCGCCGCCCAGCCACCUCAUCAUGGAGGCUCACCGCAACUCCAACAUCCGCGACCUCAACAUCGAGCUCACCCGCCUGGACACCCUGCUCCGGGCCGAGAGGAGGCGGGCCCAGGAGAUCGACCUGCUCAGGAGAGCCGGCCACCAGCAGCGCUCCUUGGAUGAUUUGGAUCACGCGCAGCUCUGCGCCUUGAAGGAGUCGGUGAUGGAAUUCAAGAAGAGUCUUGACGCUAAACUGCACAAGGAGAUGUUUAAUUCUCACCCUAGUGGUGUUGGUGCUGGAGCAGAUGAUACUUGUCGUUUUCCCGGCUUUGAUCUUCCCAAAUUGUCGCUAGGAUUCGGUCAUCUUUUACCUUAUUCCAAUGGUGGACUGCCGGCAGAUUAUUCUACCGUGAAUAUUAAUGGCGGCGGCGGCGCUUAUUAUGGGUGGAGUAAUGGCGCGUCUUCUUCUACACUUCCUAAUGAUCCUCACGCUAUUGCAACUAAUAUGUUCCAAAUGUUCUAG